UUAAAAAAAAAAUCUGCAUUUUUUAUGUUUUAUCUGCUUUUCAUAUCCUUCACAGUUCACAAAACACUGCCAUCUUCUCUCUACCUAGCUCACUGUACCAGACUCUUAAGAAUAGACGAUGAGUACAUUAGAUGCGACGAGGGCCGAACUCGGUCUUAUUGUUCUUUAUCUCAACAAAGCCGAAGCCCGGGAUAAGAUUUGCAGAGCCAUUCAAUAUGGUUCUAAAUUCAUAAGCAAUGGACAGUCUGGAACUGCACAGAAUGUCGAUAAAACAACUACUUUGGCAAGAAAAGUUUUUCGACUUUUUAAAUUUGUUAAUGAUUUGCACUCUCUUAUAAGUCCACAUCCUCAAGGAACACCACUUCCUCUGAUUCUACUCGGAAAGUCGAAGAAUGCGCUGUUAUCGACUUUCUUUUUCUUGGAUCAAUUUGUGUGGGCAGGAAGAACAGGAAUUUACCAGAACAAAGAGAAAGUCGAACUUAUCGGCCGGAUAUCUCUUUUCUGCUGGAUGGGCUCCUCGAUUUGCACUAGCCUUGUGGAGUUGGCAGAGCUCGUUAGGCUAUCGUCAUCGAUGAAAAAACUAGAGAAGGAUCAGAAUGAAAGCGAUAAAUACCAAAAUGAGCAAUACAUAAACAAGCUUAAACAGUCAAAUGAAAGGCUACUAGCUCUUAUUAAAUCAUCGAUGGACAUCGUUGUUGCAAUUGGACUGCUUCAAUUGGCACCAAAGACGGUGAAUUCCCGCUUCACCGGCGCAUUUGGAUUCGUAACAUCACUGAUAUCUUGUUAUCAGUUACUUCCUUCACAAACAAAGGCCAAGGCACAAUGAAGAUGAUAAUUUGUGUCAGUAAUAUCACUGUAUAAAUGAACCGAUAUUGUUAUGAAUUUCAUGCUCUGAAUACUGUGAAUCUUGCUCUAAUUACAAUUAUAUUGAUAAAUAGAUGGUGUGUUUUUAAGAGAUU